ACGUCAUAGGCAUGCGCGCGGCGCCUCGCCUACGCACUUUCCUGGGCGGGAACAGCAAAAUGGCGCCAGAAAUAGUGGCGGGUUGAGGACACCGUACCCCUCUGAAGGUAGCCCUGCGAUACCUUUGCUGCCCGGUCCCUCCCGGACAUGGAGGAUGUGGAGGCGCGCUUCGCCCACCUCUUGCAGCCCAUCCGCGACCUCACCAAGAACUGGGAGGUGGACGUGGCUGCCCAGCUGGGCGAGUAUCUGGAGGAGCUGGACCAGAUCUGUAUUUCUUUUGACGAAGGCAAAACCACAAUGAACUUCAUUGAGGCAGCGUUGUUGAUCCAGGGCUCCGCCUGUGUCUACAGUAAGAAGGUGGAAUACCUCUACUCACUCGUCUACCAGGCCCUUGAUUUCAUCUCUGGAAAGAGGCGGGCCAAGCAGCUCUCUGCGGUGCAGGAGGACAGAGCCAAUGGGGAUGCCAGCUCUGGGGCCCCCCAGGAGGCAGAGGAUGAGUUGCUGUCACUGGAUGACUUCCCUGACUCCCGGACUAACGUGGAUCUGAAGAACGAUCAGGCGCCCAGUGAGGUCCUCAUCGUCCCCCUCUUGCCCAUGGCCCUGGUAGCCCCUGAUGAAAUGGAGAAGAACAACAACCCCCUGUACAGCCGGCAAGGUGAGGUCCUGGCCAGCCGGAAGGAUUUCAGGAUGAACACAUGCACCCCCCACCCCAGAGGGGCCUUCAUGUUGGAGCCAGAGGGCAUGUCCCCCAUGGAGCCAGCAGGCGUUUCCCCCAUGCCAAGGACCCAGAAGGACGCUAGGAGGACUGAGGAGCAGCCAAUGGAAGUUUCCUUGUGCGGGAGCCCCGUCCCAGCUCUCGGCUUCUCCCAGGAGCCAGGCCCCUCUCCAGAAAGCCCGAUGCCCCUGGGCGGGGGUGAGGAUGAGGACGCAGAGGAGGCAGUAGAGCUUCCUGAGGCUUCGGCCCCCAAGGCCGCUCUGGAGCCCGAGGAGCCCAGGAGCCCGCAGCAGAAUGCUGCCCUGCCCAGAAGGUGCAUGCUGCGGGAGCGAGAGGGGGCCCCAGAGCCUGCGUCCCAUGUGAAGGAGACUCCAGACCCCUGGCAGAGCCUGGACCCCUUUGACUCCUUGGACUCUAAGCCCUUCAAGAAAGGAAGGCCUUACUCUGUGCCCCCCUGUGUGGAGGAGGCUCCAGGACAGAAGCGCAAGAGGAAGGGUGCUGCCAAGCUGCAAGACUUCCACCAGUGGUACCUGGCAGCCUAUGCUGACCAUGCUGACAGCAGGAGGUCCCGGCGAAAGGGCCCGUCCUUUGCAGACAUGGAGGUCCUGUACUGGACACACGUGAAGGAGCAGCUGGAAACUCUCCGGAAGCUGCAGAGGAGGGAGGUGGCUGAGCAGUGGCUGCCAAGGGCUGAGGAGGGGCUGUGGCCUGCAGAGGAGGACCACCUGGAGGAUUCCCUGGAAGACCUGGGGGCAGCAGCAGAUGACUUUCUAGAGCCCGAGGAGUAUGUGGAGCCCGAGGGAGCAGACCCCAAAGAAGCUGCUGACCUUGACGCAGUGCCGGCGUCCCUGAGUUACGAGGAGCUGGUUCGAAGGAAUGUGGAGCUCUUCAUCGCCAGCUCCCAGAAGUUUGUCCAGGAGACAGAGCUGAGCCAGCGCAUCAGGGACUGGGAGGACACUGUGCAGCCUCUGCUCCAGGAGCAGGAGCAGCACGUACCCUUUGACAUCCACACUUAUGGGGACCAGGUAGUCUCACGGUUCCCCCAGCUCAAUGUGUGGUGUCCCUUUGCGGAGCUGGUGGCUGGCCAGCCGGCCUUCGAGGUGUGCCGUUCCAUGUUGGCCUCCCUGCAGCUGGCAUCAGCGGCCAGAAAGGAAGGCCCAAGGUGGUACCUGGGCUGCCCCUGCCACUCUGGACGCCAGCCACCCAUCUGAAGGACCCAGCCCACGUUCCGGCUUAGGCGUUCACUGCUCACCUGAGCUCAGAACGCCACUAAACAUCCACACCUGGGCAACCACGCCUGCACUCUGGUCCUCCACCUGGGAUCCCUAGCCUCUCACCACACCCUGCCCUGUACCUAUGCCUCAGCAGGUGCGACUCUUGCUGACUGAAAGCUUCCAAGUGCUGCGUGGCCUGGACUCCUGACCGUGUUAUCUAUUUGCAAUAAACCCGUUUAUUUAAAGGA